AUGAUCAUAUCCAAAGCGGGCUCGCUAGUGUACCACCGCACAUUCCCUACGUCUCCUCCUGGUGGCGCGGCCACCGCGAACCCAAACCAAUCCGGCGGAGGAGGAGGUCAAUCUACAGGCGGCACACUAGGUCUCCCUGGGACCAGCACGCUCACUACAAACGACUACCUCGUCCUAGCGGGUACAUUCCACGGUGUACACGCCAUCACACGCUCCAUAACGCCGAAGCUACCUGUCACCUCGUCCGCGAGCUCUGCCGGGAAGAAGAACUGGACGUACCCCGAUCCCACGGUCGCGCCGACAGGGAUCGAAACGCUCGAGUCGUCCUUUUUCCGAUUGACCGUCUUCCAAACCCUGACGGGCACAAAGUUUCUGUUGUUCACGGACCCGAGCAUGCCGAACACGGACGUUCUCAUGAAGGGCAUAUAUGAGCGCUACGCGGAUUUCGUGUGCAAGAACCCAUUUUGGCAGAUGGAGAUGCCCAUUCGCAUAGAGGCUUGGGACCGCAGUUUGAUGCAAUGGUUGACCAGGAGGUGA